CCAUGGCAAGAGGUCAUGGGUGGCUUCCUCUAGAAAGCAGUAUUUAAUAAAUUCAAAGAGCCUUAAAUGCAAAUUCUCUACUUCAAGAAAGACAUUCACCACAAGUUGUUCAGUUCAGUUCUGGUGACACACACACCCUAUCGUACGUGAGGAAGAUUACACGAAUUGAGUCUUGAAAAACAUUACAGGACAAUCAUUGUUUAUAGUGAUUUCAUUAAAAUAAAAAUUAAAGCUUUAUAACUCAAGUGUGGACAUUUUUUUCUCUUCUAAUCAAAGAACCACCUUGUAUUAUUAUAUAUGGGCCAAAAACAUGGAAAACAAAAACACAAAUGAUGAUUGAGUGAGCUGUUUUGCAUUGAGAGAAAAGUGAAUAGAUAACACAAAUGGCCUACCAAACCAUUAUUUAUAACCAAGAAAAAGCAUUUGAUGUGACCAAAAGUUGGUAUGAAAAAAAAGCCAAACAAUAUAACUUUUAUUUGCUUUAUCUUUUCCUCACAAAUUCACUAUAUAUGUAUUUAAUAUCACUGUUCAAUUUUACAAUUUAUAAUAAGAGUACAUAAACGUUGGUAAUUUUAAGGGGCUGGGAAUAAUAUGUAAAGUCUUGGUCGUUAAUUGUUGUACCCCACAGAGCAUAUGUGAUAACAUUUUCUGAUAUUUGCUUCUCUCAUAUUUCCUAUCAUUCCAUUCCCAUUUUCUAUCUAACCUUUUUUUCUGAAACAAACUAGCUAGCUACUGAAGUGAAGUGAAAUAUGGCUGAACUUGUGAUCGGUGCUUUUCUCUCUGCUUCCUUUGAUCUUUUGCUGCAAAAGAUUGCUUCUCCUUAUGUAGAGAAGCUCCUCUUCAAUGGAGAAAAUAGAAGUUCUGUGAAAGAGAGGCUUUUCAAGCUGAAGUCAGCCUUCAAUACUCUUGCUGCGGUUCGCUUUGAGGUGGAGAACAAGAGAAUCAAAAACCCUGCUGUGGAGGACUGGCUGGACGAUCUUCUGGAUGCUGUCGAUGAUGCUGAUGACUUCUUUGGUGAUAUUGAAUAUGAUGCUAUGAAACCCAGCAAAGUUGAUGAGUCAAAGAAAGAAAAACGAAAGGCCAUUAGUAAGUUUCUAUCUUGUUUCUCUAAACCUUCUACUUCAACUGACCGUGUAAGGAAUGAAGACAUGGAACAGAUUCUUAAGAGGUUGGAGUACUUAGCCAACCAAAUUGGAAACUUAAAUCUUGAGAAGAAUGUUGUCGAGGUGCAACUAUCAGGAAGUUCACGUGCGAAGACUUCUCUGCCAGAUGAACCUGAAAUAUAUGGUAGAGACACUGACAAUGAUGUCUUAAUGAAGUUAUUGUUGUCGGAUGAACAUAGAAGUGGUGAGAAGAUAUGCGUCAUUCCCAUAGUGGGCAUGGGUGGGAUUGGGAAAACUACCCUUGCUCAAACUCUUUUCAAUGAUGAACUAGUGAAGAAAAAGUUUGAUUCUAGAGCUUGGGUGUAUGUUUCAGAUAAAUUUGAUUCCAUGGCCGUGACAAAAACUCUCCUUCAAGAAUUAGCGCCGCGUGAUGCUAGCAAUGACAUGAAUUUGAAUUUACUUCAAGUUAAUUUGUCAAAUAAGUUAAUGGGAAAGAAGUUUUUGAUUGUCUUAGACGAUGUUUGGGAAGAUGAUUAUGCGCAGUGGACAGAAGUGAUGAAGCCUUUCAACGGUGGGGCAAAAGGUAGCAAAAUAAUAGUAACAACAAGAAAUGGAAAAGUUGCAGACAUCAUUCGAACUCGAACUAUUCACACACACCAUCUUAGAGAAUUAUCAGAAGAUGAGUGUUGGAAAUUAUUUUCAAAGCACGCAUCGUGUGGAAAUCCUGCAUUAGAACGUAUCGGCAGAGAAAUCGCUAGAAAAUGUAAUGGUUUGCCUUUAGCUGCCAAAGUUCUUGGAGGCCUCUUGAGAUCAACGGAUGAUGCUGAGAAAUGGAAACAAAUAGCCAAUAGUAAUCUUUGGGAGCUCCAAGAUAAAAGGAGCAAGAGUCUUCCUGCUGCAUUAGAAGUAAGCUACUAUUAUCUUCCUUCACACUUGAAAGGGUGUUUUGCUUAUUGUUCAAUAUUCCCAAAAGGCUAUUUAUUUAAAAGAGAAGAGUUGGUGUUAAUGUGGAUGGCCGAAAAUCUUGUACAGUAUUCCAAGAGUAAUAGGAGAAUCGAAGAAGUUGGUCGGGAGUAUUUUGAUGAUUUAGUAUCUUUUUCAUUUUUGCAACCGAAUAAGAGGGGAAAGUCUUAUUUUGUCAUGCAUGAUCUUUUUGUUGAUUUGGCUAGAACUAUUACUGGAAAAUACAGUUGUUUAUUGGAGCAAAAUGACAGCAUUGAUAAGCUUGAGAAGAAGACACGUCACCUUGGAUGUGACAGAGAACUUUAUACUGAUGAUAAGAUAGCUAGCUAUGGUUUUGGAGCUACACAUUUGCGAACCUUUUUAUUAUUUUUAGAUUCAAGUUCAUUUGAAAUCAAGUUUUCUAUGGAAGCAGUAUUGCAGAAUAUGCUAUCGAUGUUGAAAUGUUUGAGAGUUCUAUCUUUUCGUGGUUUUCAUAUGACUGAGUUCCCUAAUUCAAUUGGCGAAUUGAAACAUCUUCGCUAUUUAGAUUUUUCCAAGACUAAGAUUGUGAUUUUGCCUGAAUUUGUAACUAAAUUGUACAAUUUGCAGACAUUGAAAUUAGAAGAUUGUAAUCAUCUUCAAACUUUGCCUAAAGAUAUGCAUCAUCUCAUUAAUUUGAGACAUCUUAUUAUUAGUGGAAAAAGGCUAGUGGAGAUGCCAAGUCAAAUAAGUAAAUUGACGAAUCUCCAAAUUUUGACAACUUUUGCUGUGGGGAAGGAGGAUGGCGCUAAAAUAGAAGAAUUGGCAGAACUUAAAAGUCUACACGGAGAGCUUUCCAUUAAGAAGUUAGAAAAUGUGGUCAAUAUUACAAAAGCAGCAAAUCAAGUCAAUGUACUGGAGAAGAAGCAACUUGAUAAAUUGACUUUGGAAUGGAGUGUUAAUGAUGUCAAUGUUGAUCCAAAACAUGGAGAGGGUGUGCUUGAAAUGCUUUCACCCAACAGAACGUUGAAGGAGCUUGAGAUUAAUUACUAUCCAGGCAAAAUAUUUCCAAAUUGGGUUGGGAAUGAUUCGUUUAGCAACAUUGCUGAAGUAACUCUUAAUGGGUGUAAGCACUGCUCCUAUUUGCCACCCUUUGGAAAACUUCCUUUGCUAAAACAUCUUUCCAUCUCAGAAUGCAAUUCGGUAGUGACAGUGGGUGCUGAGUUUUACGGGAAUUGUUCUGCGAGAAAGCCAUUUUCAUCAUUGGAAACAUUAAGGUUCAGCGAUAUGUCAUCAUGGGAACAAUGGCAGACUGGGGAGGCAACAACAUAUGGGAAGCUCAAAACACUUGAGAUUGUUUCCUGUCCUAAGCUCGUCGGAGAUUUGCCUGGCUUGCUUCCUUCAUUGAUAAGUAUUGAAAUUGCAGGUAUCAAGCAGUAUCCAUUAUUAAGUCUCCCAAUAAUACCAUGUGUCACAAAAAUGAUUAUUAAGAAUUUGGAGAAUUUGGAGUCAUUGUAUGAGGCAAUAAAGCCAAGGAAUCCUUGUUCCACUCUCACUCCUCUUCAGUCUCUUAGAUUGUGGGAUUGUGGAUCAUCGAUUAGAUCCCUCGAUAUGGAUUUAUUUCCCAAUCUCAAAACUCUUGAGAUUUACUCCAGCGACUACAUUGAAGCUAUUACAGUGUCAGAUGGAAAAUCUCUUGAGGAACUAACAUUUUUAUCUAUUCGUAAUUGUGGUAGUUUUGUAUCUUUCCCAAAUGGUGAACUUAUUGCUCCCAAGCUGAGUGUGUUGGAGAUUUUUAAUUGCCCUAAAUUGAAGUGGUUACCAAAGAAGAUGACUUCCCUCUCAUCUUUAGAGUCCUUGACAAUCAAAUAUUGUCCGUUGAUAAAGAGUUUCCCUGAUGGUGGUCUGCCUGUUAGUUUGUCUAGUCUUGAUAUGUCCUAUGGUGAACUUUUGAGGAUGAAAUGGAAUUGGCAAACAUUACCCCAUCUUACCACUGUUGUUAUCUUUGGUAAUAAAGAGGAAGAUGUGGAAUCAUUCCCCAAGGAAGGGCUACUAUCUACCACUAUUACCUCUCUUGAAAUCUGGUGUUUUAGAAGACUUAGAGGGCUGGACAAAAAUGGGCUUACACAACUCACCUCCUUGCAAACACUUCAAGUCUUGUUUUGCCCUGAGUUGGAGACAUUAUCAGAAGAAGGAUUUCCAACCUCCCUCACCUCUUUAUACAUACAAGAAUGUCCAUUGGUGGAGAAAAAGUACUCUCGUGGGAAUGAGCACUGGAACAAGAUUAGUCACAUACCCUUUGUCAGAAUUGUUGGUGAGCUUGCAUUUAACAUAUAAUCUCAGGUUUGUUUGAUUAACUUAUUGUUCUUCCAUUUUAUUUAUUUAUUUAUUUAUAGGAGCUGAGCUGCUCUUCUCUGCUCCUAAUCCUAAUUUGUAGACAUGUUUUUGUUGUUUUUCUUCAGACUCUGCCUUCUUUCUUUUCAAUGAAUCUCUGAUUUUGAUAAAAUAAAAAUUAAAUCUUUAUUUAUGUUUUGUUGUUCUAAUCAAACAAACAAGUACCUCGUAUACCUCGUAUAUUAUUUGUUUUGACAGGCCUUAGCAGAAGAAUCCCCUGUUUUAUGGUGUAUUCACUACAGUUUGCAAUUUCUAUUUGAGGAAGGAAGGUCUUUUAGGAAGGCAGCAAAGAGAUAGCUUUUUCCACAACAUGAUCCAACCAAUGUUUGUGUCAGAUUGUAAUUCAGUUGUUUCAGUUUUUGGGGUUUAGGCUUGUUUUGUUUGGUUUUUGUUUUUAGUAUUCUCUGGUUUUUCUCUUAUUAUUUAUGAUGUUUGAGAUGUUUUCUUUAUAUUGCUGUUGUGUAAUUACACUUUGGCAUAAUAGUGUUCUAGCUUGUAACCACGGUUUUCCUCGGCCAUAAAUGAGGGUUAUGAAUAAACUUGGG